GUCAAUGAUGAGCUUAUGGCGAUGAAAAAGUCAUCAGUUGUCAUAGCCACCAACCACCAAGUACUCCACAUCUAAUAAUGAGCUAACCGGCCAACGGGCAACAGUAGAAACACUCUGAAGAUCGAGAAAUUCACCGAUUAAAGCCACCUAAUAAUGUGGUUCGGAAAGACGACGAUCACGGUGUUGGCUGCGGUGUUGUUGACGUCACGUUUAUUAUUGACACGAGCACAAACUCCUUCAGAUCCAGGGACGACAACACCCACAAGCAAAUCCUGCAUUAAGGCUUUGACUCCUUGUGCUAAAUAUCUUAACCCAUCUCCAAAGUCUGACUGCUGUACUGAUACGGUAUCAGGUAACUCGGGUAAUUCAUCGUGCAUCUGCGAAGUGUCACCACCGGAUGCCAAAAGCUGUUGUAGUACUGAUCUCUUAGAUAGUUUGUCUUGUAUCUGUGAAGCGUCGCAGAACCCGGCCCUCUCUAAGGCUGCUGGCCUCAACAAAACCCAGGUCAUUGAGAUCUCUAAUCUCUGCUGGUCUGGCCUUGACUGCCGCAAUGAUUCUUCAGCUGCGACUCCGUUUGGGGCUCCACAAAUCGGUACAUCUAUAUCUUCGCCUGGAAAGAAGAAAAUAAUUAUCGCAGCCAUUGUUUUAUCUGUCACGUUAGUGGUGCUAAUUGCCAUAGGCAUUGGCAUAUUUAGGACAAAACGAAAAAAGAAACGUGGUGUCGCAAAUGCUCAAAAUGCAAACAGACAAGAUGUAGAUCAUUUGAUAACAGCUGAGUCGUUACAAUAUGACUUGGACACGCUUGAAGAUGCCACUAACAACUUCUCCAACAACAACAAAAUAGGGGAAGGAGGGUUUGGUGGUGUAUACAAGGGUACCUUACAAAAAGGGCAAGAAGUAGCAGUAAAAAGGCUGUCAAAGAGCUCUGGACAAGGUAACAAAGAAUUCGAAAAUGAAGUUGUAUUUUUAGCAAAGCUUCAACAUCGAAAUCUGGUCAACCUACUAGGAUUUUGCUUGACGAGUGAGGAUAAGUUGCUUGUUUACGAAUAUGUGCCCAACAGAAGCCUUGAUUAUUUUCUUUUUGAUCCUGCUAAACAAGACCAAUUAAAUUGGACAAUGCGCUACAAUAUCAUCAAAGGCAUUGCUAGAGGACUGCAAUAUCUUCAUGAAGACUCUCGUCUAAAAAUUGUUCACCGUGAUCUUAAAGCAGCAAAUAUUUUGCUUGAUGCAGAAAUGAAUCCUAAAAUUGCUGAUUUUGGCAUUGCUAAGAAUUUUGAUGUCCUAUUAACUCAGAAGACUACAAACAGAAUCGUUGGAACUUAUGGUUAUAUGGCUCCGGAGUAUGCAAUGCAUGGACAGUUCUCGGUAAAAUCAGAUGUAUACAGUUUCGGUAUACUAGUAUUGGAGAUGGUAAACGGACAAAGAAUUAGCCGCUUCUAUCAAUCAGAAUCUGGCGAAAGCCUUCUCAGCUUUGCUUGGAAAAGUUACAGUGAGAGAAGAGCAUUAGACUUUAUGGAUCCAACAUUAAGAAGUUCAUAUAUAAUCGAUGAAGUCGCAAAAUGCCUUCAUCUUGGAUUAUUUUGUGUUCAAGAUGACAUUCGAAAAAGACCUACAAUGUCAACCGUAAUUCACAUGCUCCACUCUGAAUCUGAAGCAUCUACCUCUUUGGUCCCUCAACGCCCUUCCUCGAUAUACUUAAUAGAUACGGACCAAGUAACAUCUACUACUACGAAAAGCGAUACCGGCUCAAGUUCAACACCAUAUUCUCAUACAGAUCAGAAAGAAAAUACUGUUGGUUGAGUUUGAUUAACAAAUUUUUUUUUUUUGGUGUUGAAAGAGCCAUAAAAAGAGAGUGAUGCACUACAAUUCGUUCGAUACAAAGUUUUAGAUUUAGAUGGUUGACUUGAAUUUGGUAAUGCAUUCACCAAAGAAAUGGAUUGAGAAACACAAGAUGAGAUAAAUGCCUUGCAUGCAUUGCAUCACAUUUGAUUUGGUGCAACUAUAUAUUGGAAGGUCGACUUGCACUGGAAAAUAUAUGGUUGUUCUGUUAAAGAACGAAGAAAAUAAUUCACAAAUAAACAAGAUACAAAGCAAUAAUGCUAGCUUAAUUUUUAAGGAGUUUCUCCAGAAGACAUUAACUUUGAAUGAAGAAAUAUAUUUCGUUCAAUAAGUUGUGAAAAUGACUUUUGUAUAAAAGAGUUGUACUGUUCUCAACAUUACAUCAUGCAUGGAUUUUAAAGUAGCAUCAUUUGAAAACUUAUAUA